AUGGCCUCUGACUCAAUUAUAUACGACAAAUACGGUGAUCUAUCCUAUUAUCAGCCCCCUUCGAGACAGUACCAGUCUCUGGAAUCCAAUUCGGAGAGGACUAGCUUUGACUCCAAUCAUAGUUCAGGAGCGAGCCAAUUUUAUCAAACUCCUGUCAGUCAAGACUUUGCUCAAGUGAGCAGCAGCACCGGCGGCAGUGGUGGGGGAGCUCACAAUGCUAGAGUUCAACUACCAUACCCGACCAUGGAUUUGAACACCAUAAGUCCUGUUCCCGAGUCACCAGAAGUAGAAUCUAGCAAGCGCGGGGGCUCUUCCUCACCAUCAAAGUCUUUUACAAACAGCCUUACGUCCAAUGCCAUUGGCUCCAUCAUCGGCAGCUACAAUUAUAGUCAGAGCUCGGUGAAUUUGGAGAAAAAGUCUGUAAGUCCUGAAUUGAUAAAACAAACUUCGAGCGAUUCAUAUACGAGAAUCGGACUGGAUUAUAGUCGCUCUACGCUGUCUCAUCGCCGACAAGAUUCAGAUACCUCCACGCUAUCCAAUCAGUCUUCAAACGAUCAACAAAAUAAAAGCAAGCGAUUUGUCAGAUACGCAAUGAAUACACAGGCUCCUUCAGUAAAUGCUUCCAAAAGAUGGGAUAUCGAUAAUGUUCUUGCUUGGUUGAAGGAACAUCAAUUUAACACCUCAUGGCAGGAGACUUUUAAGAACAAUGAGAUAUCAGGAAAUCGAUUUUUGGAAUUGGAAAACUUUGAUAAAAACUCAAUGAUUUGGAAACAGUUUUCAAAGUAUUUGAAACUCGAUUCUAAUCUCAAUUCAAUAGAAAGAUUUAUCGAGCUACUACGGAGUGAGACAGAAAAGGAAUCUGGAAACAAAGACAAUCUACUACCGGCCAACGUCAAGUAUGAAAAUAGAAAAUCAACACCAGUCUUCUCCAAACACAAAUCAAGCUCCUCAGUGUCUUCUACAAAUUCUGCGUCAUCUAUGCAGAGGCCGACUUCGUAUAUAGACCCUAGAUCUAAGGACCAACCCACUUCAUCAAAUCACCUGUUUUUUCGAAGACACAGAAGCGGAUCAAAUGAGAAUGAAACAAAGAGGAAGAGUCAAGUGCUUGACGAUACAAAGAGACAUUCAAAGUUGGAUUUCAAAAAGAAUGGUGGGAUCAUCAACACUAUUAGAAAAUAUGGUGGUGACAAAGCUGUCGGUAUGGUAAAAGCAUCUACGGGACGACUGAGUAAUCGAAAUAGCGCGGUGCUGUCGUACUCCAAUCAACUGCCUGUGCAGGAUUUUGAGAACGAUUUUCCAACGUUAAUACCUCCAAGACCAAUAGCUAGAAGGUCCAUCGAUAGUACGAAUUCCACCAAUUCAGUCCCCUCAUUUUUGAUAGAAAAAUAUGACGAGAUCCCGUCUCCGUUGGAUGACAUUUAUAUGCCCCAGAGUUUUCUGCAACAGGCAACGAAAACUGUAUUGGUUAGUACUGACAACAAGUCUUUUGUACCCUUUUCAAUGGGUCAUGAUGAGCUAUAUGAUAUUUCAUCAUUCAAGCUGAAAGUGAUUCUGCAUUUGGGUAUGGUUGAUGUGGGAACUAUCACUAUACAUUUGACUGACUUUAAUGCGACAGAGGGUGAAGCUUUGCCAGAUUCAUUGAUAUCUAAGGUUUUACAACAAGAUUCAUUGAUCAAGUUUGUUAUAAGGCAAUACAUUGAUUCACCAGAGGGGACUUUGAAAACCACUUCGACAGUGUCGUCCGAUUCCAAGUCAUUUGAAACAAGCGAUGAGCAUAGGACAUACCCAGCAACACCACAAUAUUUAUUGCAAAACCUCAACAAUGCCAACGUUGACUAUUGGAACUUUAAAGAGCAAACAAAUUUGUCCAAGAUUUCGGAAAAUCCAAAAAUGGCACUGAAAGAAACGCAAACGGACAACUCGAUAGGAAAUGAACCUGAGCCACAGCAACAUGAACUGGCUCGAAGUUUUGACCAUUUGAGACAAAAAUCGAAUUCUCACAAUUUUCCGUUAAAGUUCCCCUUUCGCACAAAUAGUAAGAAAAAGACACCUUUACUUCAAAUUGAUACUUCCGGUUUUGUCAGUCUGAGAAAUUCAUCUGUAUCCCCUGAAUCUUCUGGAUCUUCGUUCAAAGUGAUCAGAAAAGGAGCCAAUGAAAUUAAUUUUGAUGAGAGACGGAAAUCCCCCUUUGAGAAAAAGGCUCCCAAGCUAAUUGCAAAUAUAUAUGAGUCGUCGCUAUCAGAUUUCAAAAGCUCGCCUAUUACAGCCUCGACAGUAAUGACAUUGAAGGAUGAUCCUAGGGACGCUGCAAAAUUGAAAAAGAGUGCUAGUCAAAGAAGCGAUCCACGCAAUGACUCAAUCAAAGCGAGAAGAGCUGCCCCUCCUCCACCAAGAGAUCGACUUUCACAAGCACGGCAGCAUCGCUCUGUAUUUCUCGGCGUCCAGUCAAUGCACUCACCAUCUAGCUCAAAUAACUGCAGAGACUCCGAUAGGGAUAGUGAGGAUGACUUUUUCGUGAAGCCAAUGAGCAAAAAAGAAGUGGUUCUGGACCAUUUGAGUGAGGUUACCGAUGCAGGAUCAACCAAAUCAGAUGCUGAUUCUGAAUGUGAUUUUUUUGUAAAGCCAAUGAGACAAAAGACGCAGCAAAUGACUGUUCGACCUCCAGUUGAGGAAUUGUAUGACAACUUGGAAAAAUACUUUCCCCAUACAAACCUUGACAAACCCAUUAUCGAUGAUGAACCACUGGUACCUUCAAUUAAGGAGAAGAAGCCUUCUAUUUCGCGUACUUUUUCAAAUGCUAAUAUCUCACCGGUGAAUCCGCAGCAGACUGCCCCGGAAAACAACUCACGUAUUAGGAGAAUGAAGACUAUUCGAGGUGUUGCUAAUGAAGCGCGUCGUAAAGCUUUGAAAAGGAAGCAGCAAUCACCACCAAUCACGUUUGCCAAUAUUUCGAGGGAAAAUAGCAAAAAGUUGACCAGAUCAAAUACGAAAAUGUGGGGACAAAAGGUGUUUGAAGUUACAAGUAGUGAAAUAGAGCGUGGUGUUGUGAACAAAUUUCAAAAUAAGAAUGGUCAGUAUCAGGAAUUUGCUUGGAUCAAAGGUGAAUUGAUUGGCCGUGGAUCUUUUGGUGAUGUUUAUUUGGGGUUGAAUGUAACAACGGGAGAGAUGUUAGCGGUAAAGCAAGUUGUUAAAAGUAACAAGCUUGACCUCGAGGGAAUAAUGGCAUUGCAUAAGGAAGUUGAAACCAUGAAAGAUUUGGACCACAAGCAUAUUGUGCAAUAUCUUGGUUACGAAAGAAAAGACAAUACCUACAGUUUAUUUCUAGAGUAUGUUGCUGGUGGCUCUAUAGCCAUGUGUCUCAAAUCAUAUGGCAAAUUUGAUGAAACAUUAAUUAGAAUAAUCACCAAACAAGUUUUGCUAGGUUUGGAGUAUCUACACUCCAAUAACAUCAUCCACCGAGACUUGAAGGCAGACAAUUUGUUGUUGGAUAUUGAUGGGACAUGCAAAAUUUCGGAUUUUGGAAUUUCCCGCAAGAAUAAUGACAUUUAUAGCAACGCCAACAUGUCAAUGAAGGGUACUAUAUUUUGGAUGGCUCCAGAGGUUAUUGAUAACAUGGUGGAGGGAUACAGUGCAAAGGUUGACAUAUGGUCCUUGGGUUGUGUUGUGUUGGAAAUGUUUGCUGGAAAACGUCCUUGGUCGAAUGAGGCGGCAAUCAGUGUAAUUUAUAAGGCAGGGAAAGAAAAGAAAGCCCCUCCAAUACCCAAAGAUAUUGCCCACUUAGUUAGCAAAGAGGCUGAGAACUUUAUAAACCGGUGCUUCACUAUAGAUCCUGCAUUGAGACCCACGGCAGAAGAGUUAUUGAAUGACCCAUUCGUCACCACCUCGCGCGAGUUUAAUUUUGAGUCAACAGAGUUGGGUCGACUCAUCAAGUUUAAUAGUAAAGUGUGUCCUUCGUAA